AGGAGAAGUACGCUCAACACCUCAAUUGAGUCAACAUCUCAUCUGUGUCAACAGCUCAUCUCUACUCAUUUGCGCCUUGAAUAGCUAGCGGCUGGAAUAAGAUUGGCACAAAGAAGACAAGACGACAAGUAAGACGACAAGAAGGACGAGACAGGCACGAUGCACUGCGUAGCUGACUUCUGCGUGAUCCCCAUGUCGACUCCAUCUGCCUCCGUUUCCGAGUACAUAGCAGAAGCCCAGCGCGUGCUGCAGAAGACUGGAUUGAAGUUCCAAAUGCAUUCAUAUGGCACCGGGCUUGAAGGCGAGUGGUCAGAGGUCAUGGAGGCCAUUGGCAAGGUCCACGAGCGGUUGCAUGAAUUGGGUGUGCCUCGGUGUGCAACAGACAUCAGGAUUGGAACGAGGACUGACAAGCACGGGACAAUGGAGCACAAGGUCAAGGCAGUAGAAGACAUCCUUGCAAAGGACGCAUAGCUGAAGAAUGCACAGAAUGUACCAGAAAAGGCCCGUCGCU